AUGGUCCUCCUAACAUCCUCCACGGUCUCCGUCAUCCUCUCCUCGGGAGUGAUCUGCAUAUUCACCUUCGUCCUCUUCCUCUCCGGCUACGUCCUCCAGCAACAAUCCGUCCGCAGCAUCCAACACGCCAUCAAACCCCCGCAACCCCCAGACCCCAUCCACGGCCUCACCCACCAUGGAGCCAACACAAAACGCACACUCCUAGACAACAACGAUCACCCAGGCGGCAGCUAUGCCUACCUCCAGCUCCUCACCACGCCAGAUCCCUCCAACAUCUGCUCCGCAAUCCUCUUCUUCAAAACCCUCUCCACCAACAACACAGCAAUCCAAGACCGUCUCUUCAUGUACCCCCAAGAAUGGGACCAAACCCCACCCCACAAGCUCACCACCCAGGUCUCAACCGCCCUCUCCCUGCUGCGCACAGCCUCCCUGAAAUACAACAUCUGGCUGCUCCCCAUCGACAUGACAGCCGCCACCAGCGCCGGCUACGCCCCCACAGACACAAAGCUCCUCCGUCUCGGCCAGAUCCAGUUCAUGCAGUACGACUCUGUCCUCUACGUCCAAACACCCGGAUUGCUGCUUGACACGGCCAAAUUGGACGCCAUGCUUCUUUCCAGGCCGUUGCCCGGCAGACAUGAUAAGAACAGGCCCGACUCGUAUAACAACGAGGCCUGGAUUCCGAUGCCGCUUCGUCCGGAUCGCGAUGUGGCUCUCCCGCCUGUGUAUCUGGUGACUGUUAAUAAUGUGGGCGCGGGCCAGGUCGAGGCGCGUGGGCAUGUGCCGAAUGUCGCGUUGCCGGGGUUCGGGUCCUUGGCUACGGGGCCUUGGGGCGCAGAGAGGGAGGAGCAGCCUGGGUACGUUUUCUUUGAGCAUGAUGAGGACGGGCAUGUUUCUUGGGCGAGGAAUUCGUUGUUUGGACCUUGGAGGGCGGGGCAACAUGAUGUUUGUGAGGGGAUUGAUUUUGAUGAUGUGCAUGAUGAUCAUGGGCUAUGA